CUCUGUGUGCCCAGUUCCGGUGCAUGCUGAUACGAGCGCUGAGUCUCCCGUCUAAAUGCUGGGGAGUCAGGGGACCUUUUAUAUCACGGAACGCAAGGCAAAGAAAGGAAGAUCUCGGGAAAUAACUAUCACACGUUUAUACGAUAUCACACCUUGGCUUGAAUUCCUAUGGUGUUUUACCAUUUGGGAGGGAAGUAAGCUGAAGCUAUGGAGGACUGCUUGCAUACGUCUUCUGAAAACCUGUCAAAGCUGGUGAGCUGGGCCCACAGCCAUGGGACGAUCUGCAACCUCAUCCCCAACCUGAAGCACUUGCUAUCUGAGGGCUCCCAUGGGAACCUGACAGCCAUGUGGGGCUGUACCGCCGGUCAUGCUUACCACUGGCCUCUGACGGCUACCUGUCGGGCCGGAUCCCAGGAACGCAUGUGCUAUCAGGACAGCCGCAGCUUCAACUCAGACAGUGCCAGCGUUAGUGGGGCAGCCUCCGAAACACAGCCCAGUCCCGGGGAGAGAUUCCCAGGAAGAACGAUGAAAGCCAAGGUGGACUGCAACCGGACCCAAGACUCAUGCGACUUUUCCAACGGCAGUGAGCCUUCGGAAGUAGAAGACAAUAUGGAGGAAUACGAGGAUGAGACCGCCUUGUUUGACAUGGUGUGUGAGUCCUCUCCAACGGAUGAGGACAGUGAUUUUGAAACCGAGCUGCUUAGACAGCAGCAGCACAGUGCCCCUCAGAAGAGGCCCAACACAAGCCCACUUCCUUUUGGUGCAGAGAGCAGACCUUCCUGCCAAAACAUGGAGGAUAGCAGCAGCAUUGGAGGAGACAACAUGAUCGUGAAGAAGAUAAAGCAGGAGAUGCCUGAGGACUACUACAUUGUGGCCAAUGCUGAGCUUACUGGGGGUAUCAAUGGCCCCGCUUUGUCCCUCAUCCAGACAUCAAAGCAGUCCCAAACCCCUCUCCCAGGACCUUCAUCAUACACAGUGCCUCAUAUGCCAACUGCCUUGGCGUCUCCCAUCCUUGGUGUUGAGAAUGACACUCAAGGAGUCUCUAUCUCUCCCCCAAUCAGUUCACAUGGUAUGAUUCCAAUGUCUGUAAGGGGCCCUGUUGCUGGACACUGUAGGCUCGUGACAAAUAUCCAGGCAUCCAGCCAGCCGUUGACCCUUCAGAUGCCAGUGAGUACAUCUGGAGCCAACCAGCAAAUCAACAUCCCCUUAUCGGCCUUGCAGAUUCCAAGGCAGGCUGAGCAUGUCCCAGUAGAAGAGCUUGUCAAACCGUCCCCAAAACCAGUGGCUUCCUGUGAGGUUGCUUUGUCUCCCUCCAUGAACACUGAGCCAGAAGUCAGCUCCAGCCAGCAGCAAAGUAAUGCCUCUAUAGCUUUUGCAAUGGAUGGUAACACUGAAGCAGCAUCAGAUAUUGACGAAAGACAAGCCGAAGCAAACAGAGAACAGAACGAAAAGACCAUCAGGAGCACCCAGACGUCACUUCGAAACUUCGGAUACCAUGCAAAGUUGAACAAGUUCCCUGUAUUCAAUUUUAAUGACGAACUGAAAGACUUGUGUGUGAGUGCCGUGAGUGCCAACACUACCAAGGCUACUCUCUAUGCACUGAAUGUCUGGAGGUACUGGUGUAUGACCAAAGGGCUAAAGGACUAUAUGGACAUUACUAAGAUCCCAGCCCCCAAGCUGAACGAGCUGCUGGGAGAUUUCUAUGUGAGUGUAAAGAAGACGGAUGGCUCGGAUUUCCUGGCCACCUCUCUGCAUGCCAUUCGGAGGGGCCUGGACCGCAUACUGAAAAAUGCUGGCGUAGGCUUCUCCAUCACCAGCGGCAUCUUCAACUCCUCGUCCCAGAAGCUCAAAGAGAAACUCCAUGUGCUCAGCAAGGCAGGCAUGUCGGGUGCCCGCUCCCGUAACAUUAUCUAUUUCUCCCUCAACGAUGAGGAGGAGAUGUGGAGGACUGGUUGCCUGGGUGAUGAAGGGCCUGUGGCUUUGCUGUCUACAGUGGUGAAGUACAAUAGCCAGUUCUUCAACAUGAGGACCUUGCAGGAGCAUGCUGACUUGAUGUUUGGCGACGUGGAACUACUGAAGGACUCGGACAACCGGCCUUUCUUUGGCAGGACUGACAGUGUUAAGCGGGAGAAGCGGGUCAGCAGCAAUACAAAAGUGUGCUACGGACAGGUCUACCACGAGCACUCCCGGGGCCAGAAACGCUGCCCCUACUGCCUACUCUACAAGUACAUGUACACCCACCGACCGCCAACGCUCAUGGACCCCUGCUCCCCCUUCUACCUGGCCGCCCGCAAGGAGAUGUGUUCCGUCAAUGGUGUCUGGUACGAGGAACAGAGAAUGGGCCUUCGCUCCCUCAGGGGGGUUGUGCCUAAGCUGGCCAAGAAGGUACGGCUGGAGCAGUGUGAUAAUUUCACUUUUGUCUCCUUCACACAGGCCUCUAGGAAAUUCUCUCACAUCAACCACCUGUGAUUUAAAAAAACGGUUGCCCAUAGAACAAUAGACUAGCCCUUUCAAACACAAGACAAUAGUAAAUUCAAAACAUUAUUCUUAAAAUAGUUAGUGUCCUGGCAAGUUAAUAUGUACAAAACAAUCCAUUUUUUUAAAUUAUUUUUUUAGUAAAACACACUGUACUUCCUCGUGAGGCCCAUUUUAUCAUUAUAGGUUGUUAUGGUGAAUAUUUUAUGAGUUAUGGAUUUAUAGUUAUUGCCAGUACAGAUAUUGAUUUUGCUUGUGUCUGCUGGAGGACUGGUCAUAUUAAAAACAGGUUUAGAUAGUGUUUUCACUUUUCUUUAGCCUGCACAGGUAUAGCUUGAAAAGGUGUUUUUUUUAAUCCAAGUAGUAGUACAGUACCUUGUCUUGAAUGUCUUGACAUCAUUAAAGCAUGGAAGAGAUCUGAUAUUACCAAAAUACUCAACUCCGCCUUUACUUCCAUCAUACUGUGUGCAAGGGAUCAUGGGAUAUAAAGAGUGCUCCAGGGCUAUUUUUCUAUUGUCAAUGGAGAUGGGGUCUCGGUGUUUAAAACUGUUACAAACUAUUGAAGUCUGUUUCACUGUUGCCCAGGGUCCACAGAAAAAAAAAUAUAUUAAGCUGGUGAUGGAUAAGAGAAAUACACUUCUGAACAAAGUCCAUCUGUUUUUUUCUGUUGUUGGCGCGCAAUAAAUAUCUAAUUUAAAGCAGCUGAUUUCUGCUUUUUUAUGUGUGGCUAUUUAAGACAUAUUACAAACAUAAUUUAAAGUGUCCCGCACAGAGCAUUCUGAUUGGUUAAAAAUUAUGUCAUAUAAAAUAAUUUCUUUAUGUGUGACCAGAAAUGGGGAGUGGCUAGAUUGUGCUUGUUUUGAAGAACGAGGCUAUUUUACUGUGACAAAUCUGGCAACCCUGGACAGAAGUCCCCAUAGAGAAUCAACGGAGUUGAGUAUCUUGAUAAUGUGGAAUAUCUUUCUAAAGACACUAUCAAAAAGGCAACUGGGAGGUAUAACCAAUAUUUCAGAAUAUCUAAGAUUAAAGAAAAAUAGACUGCAACUUGCAACAUUUGCUCAUCGGUGCUUUCCUUUCACGGCAGUACUACAAGUUUAUUGCAUCAUCUUAGGGUUGGUUCGUAGACACUUUUGUCAGAGAUGAAUGCGAUACACCAGGUGCAUGCAGCUGUAAAAGCUGUACAGCUUCACUAUUUGCUGUACGAAGAACGUAUCAUGUUGCAGCCUUUUUGACUUCGUAGCUGUCAUUCAUACUUUAAAGACUGCAUUUGCAUAAUUGUAAAAGUUGACAUUUUAAGAGAUGAGUUUGUACCUCUUAUAACAGAGAACCUGAAGGGGAGAAUUUCAAACAUUAAUUAGAGAGAUGCGGGCAUGUGACAGUGAGAGAUAUUUUAGGUACUGGUAUUUUACAAUGACAGGUGAAAGGUCUGACAAUCUGUUAAACAGACUGGGACCAUUAACUUGUAUGCGAAUUUACACAUGCGAUGCCAGUGACACCUGCAGAAAGAUUUGCAGUCACACUGCACAUAGCAAAUGGCAAUUCCCAGCAAAGUGUGGCAACGGG